GGCAGGACUUUUAGCCAACUCGGAGUAGAGGAAACCAAUGUACCGGGAAACAGGGAGGCAAACACGUACAGGCCGAGCCCACAGUUAUCUACAUCGUUUAGCAGCUUGUCGGCAGUGAAAAUGAUCCAAUGCGUGCAUGGGGUGCUGUAUCUGUCGUUUCUGGUGGCAUUCGCCGCCUGCAACGCUCCUCCGGUACCCUUAGACGACAUCAUCAUUGAGAAAACUUUCGUGCCAGAACAGUGUGUGCGCGCAGUAAAAGUAGGGGAUUAUGUCAGGUAUCACUACAUUGGCACGUUUCCAGACGGCAAGAAGUUUGACUCUAGUUAUGACCGUAGCAGCACCUACAACGUGUUUGUUGGUAAGAAGCAGCUGAUCGAAGGGAUGGACAAAGCUCUGGUGGGGAUGUGUGUCAAUGAGAGAAGACUGGUCAAGGUCCCACCUCACCUUGCCUAUGGAAAGGAGGGAUAUGGUGACAUCAUCCCUCCUGACUCCAUCCUCCAUUUUGACGUCCUGCUGCUUGACGUGUGGAACUCGGAUGAUGGCGUGCAGAUCAAUACCUACCACACCCCCCCGACCUGCUCCAGAAAGGUGGAGGUGUCUGACUAUGUCCGCUACCACUACAAUGGCACACUGCUGGAUGGGACUCUCUUUGACUCCAGUCACACCCGUAUGCGUACCUAUGACACCUACGUUGGGAUUGGUUGGUUGAUUGCCGGUAUGGAUCAGGGCCUUCUGGGAAUGUGUGUUGGAGAAAGACGUAUCAUCACAAUGCCCCCGUCACUCGGCUAUGGAGAGAAUGGAGAUGGUAGCGACAUCCCAGGGCAGGCAUCUCUGGUGUUCGAUGUCAUGCUCCUGGACCUCCACAAUCCCAGAGAUGGGAUCACAGUGACCAAUCAGACGAUUCCAGAGUCCUGCACGAGGAAGACAGUAGCUGGAGAUUUUGUACGCUACCACUAUAACGGCAGCCUCCUCGAUGGGACGUUCUUUGAUUCCAGCUACUCUCGUAAUCGUACCUAUGACACCUAUGUGGGUCAAGGCUACGUGAUUGCCGGCAUGGAUGAAGGUCUGAUUGGAGUCUGUGUCGGAGAGAGACGCACCAUCACCAUCCCCCCACAUCUGGCCUAUGGAGAGGAGGGCACAGGCACUAACAUCCCAGGUUCAGCUGUGCUGGUGUUUGAUGUUCACAUCAUCGAUUUCCACAACCCCUCAGACAGCAUCGAGGUCACGGUCACAUACAAGCCAGAAACGUGUGAUAAGCAAACCAAGAAGGGAGACUUUGUAAAAUAUCACUACAAUGCCUCCCUCAUGGACGGCACAUCAAUUGACUCCACGUAUAGUUAUGGAAAGUCGUACAACAUCGUGCUGGGAGCCAACCAGGUAGUCCCAGGGAUGGAGGACGGACUGAUGGACAUGUGUGUGGGCGAGAAAAGGCACCUUGUCAUCCCACCUCACCUGGGCUAUGGGGAGAGAGGAGUCAUUGAUGAAGUUCCUGGGAGCGCUGUGCUUGUGUUUGACAUCGAGCUGGUAGACAUGGAGGAAGGACUUCCUGAAGGCUACAUGUUCAUCUGGAACAGUGAAGUGUCACCUGACCUCUUCACUGAGAUGGACAAAAACAAAGAUGAGCAGGUGGAGCCCUCUGAGUUUACCGACUACAUCAUGCGGCAGGUGAAUGAGGGUAAAGGUCGACUGGCUCCUGGCUUUGAUCCUUAUCGCAUCAUUGACAACAUGUUCUCCAACCAGGACCGCAACGGAGAUGGAAAAAUCACAGCGGCUGAGUUCAAGCUCAAAGCAGAUGAAGCUGAAGCCCACGACGAGCUAUGACGGGACUCAGUGUGACAUUCAGAUCAGGGUGGAGGGUAAAGGGUCAGACAGUCAGAGAAACUUGGGGUUGUUUUACAUAUGUGGAUGGUGGAGAAAGAAAAAAUGAGGCUGUAUGUGUAAACUAAGUACGGGGUGAGAAAUAUGCUGAUUCAGCUUUUUUUUAUUUCGAGGACUGAGAUGGUAAAAGUGCCAAAUGAAUUUGAGAAGAAAGAGGAUUUAAGAAUUAGAUUAUUUUGAGGACAAAAAAAUUUGGAAGACGUUUAACUUGAGGACUAUAUGAAAAUGAAUGACUUUUCUUUACUUCUUCUCACAUCAGUUUUUUCUCUUUUUCUACGUAACAUUUUGAGGGGUACAAAAGCAGAGAACAAUCUAAGACCUCAUUCCACAAUUUCUAUAUUCAACACUUUUUUAUUGUUGUUGACAUCUUGUUGUCGUGCGUGACACUUUCUUUUCACUCUGUAUCACAGGGUGAGUUCAUCUUCGUUUGCUGUAACAUACUAGGAUGAAGGGAGUUCACAUUUGUUUCUGAGAGCUACCACUCAUUUAUAGGUGAAGAUAAGUUAUAAUUGUAAAUGAGAGGUUUAUGCUAGAGCAACCGAUUAUUUACACAGUUUACAGCUGAUGCCUGCCAUUUAUAGGGGAUCAGUCACCCUCCAACAAAACGCUGAACAGUCCACGUGUUGUUGUGGCACUUCGGUCUUUCAAUCACUUUUGGUCAGCUAAUUGUUCCGUGUGUCCAUUACCAAUGUCAGCUGCGGCUUUGUGUUUUAGUGUGUGAGUAUGUGUGUGUCAGGGAGAGAAAAGUGUGCGUGGGAAUGUUGUUUUUGUUUUACAUUGUCAUUCAGGAGAACACUGAGGCUUGAUCAAAUCCUGUUAGCAAAAGGUUUAAUUUGAUUAAAUGACUUGACCUAAA